AUGAAAGUUUUGAUCAUCGGAGCAGGCAUUGGCGGCCUGGCUUGCGCCAUUGCCUGUCAACAAGAGGGGUUCGAAGUCGUGAUUCUGGAAAGAGCUGACAGGAUUGUGCCGAUAGGCGCAGGGAUUCAAAUUCCGCCAAACGGAGCCAGAGUCGCGCGACAGCUGGGCUAUAUGAACAAGUUGUUGAAGUGCGGGGUCGUUCUUGAUGCGAUCGAGUUCCGCAGAUAUGCCAACGGAAAGACGCUACACACAUUUUUAUCAAAGGAUUCACAGAGUAGAUACGGCGAACUUUGGAUGGUCAUUCAUCGAGCUGAUUUCCACGCUGUGCUGUGGCAGAAAUGCGAGGAACUCGGUGUUAGUCUAUGCCUAAACAAGGGAGUUGAACGCAUUGACUUUAAUAAUAAUGUUGUUCAUUUAGAGGAUGGAGGUGAUAUCCAAGGCGACGUGAUAGUUGGAGCUGAUGGUAAGAAUAGGUCCAAUUUGCUUCUCAAGCACGUAAUCGAGGAACUUAGACUGACACCAAUAGGGCUCCACUCGGUUUGCCGCAACCAGCUUCUUGGAUCGCCUUCGCCUGCGGUUGAGACCGGAGACUUGGCGUAUCGAGCAGUUUUUCCGGCCGAGUAUCUCAAAGCUCUGGAAGACCCCCGUGUGGACGAGCUUUGCGCCCGGAAGCAGGUAACGGCGUGGUUCGGCCCAGAUAGACAUACCGUGUUCUAUCCCGUCAAGGGAGGAAGGGAGUUCAACCUCGUCUUAGUGAGGCCCGAUAAUAUGCAGCCCAACGAAAAGCGCAUUGAGGGUGACAUUGAAGAGAUGAGGGAAAGCUAUGCCGGAUGGGAUAAAACCCGACAGCCCAGUCUACGGCAUAAUGAGAAAUGCCCGAUAAUGAUUGUGACGCAGAGGCUAACACUUUUCAGACUAACCAAGCUAAUAUCUCUGAUACCGAAAGUUCUGAAGUGGAAGCUCUGCACUCACCCAGAGCUCACGACUUGGACGAAGGGUUCUUUUGCUCUCUUGGGCGACUCAUGCCAUCCAAGCCUCCCAUACCAGGCGCAAGGCGCGGCAAUGGCUGUAGAAGAUGGCGCUGUGCUGGGCAAACUUCUGGGCCUCCUGAAGGGUUCGGCUGGAGACAAUAUCAAGCAAAAGAUUCCUGAAAUCCUUGAGCUUUACGAGUCGCUUCGGAAGUCACGAACGACUGUAAAUGUAGCAGGUGCGCUAUCGAACCGGAAAUGGUAUCAUGUCGAAGACGGACCUGAACAAGAGGCUCGGGAUGCUGAGUUGGGAGGUGUGCCAUUAAAAGAAGGACUGUCACCGACCGGGUGGCGCUGGGUUGACAAAAAUUAUCAGAUGGAUCUCCUCGGGCGAGACUCGGUUGCUGAGGCAGUCGAGGCCUUCAAACAGUGGGACCAUAAGCAGGCGUAA